CGCCAGGACAUCAGCUCUUGGCACAGGCUGAACUGGGAGAUGCGCAGGAUGCGCACACAGUACCAGCUGCGGUGGCUUUGUACCGCCGCUUUGUCGUUGCUGUUCACAACACUCUGCUAUGACACCGGCUUCACUGACGCCAGAGUGCAUGUGGUGAAUGUGACGGACUUGGCAGCGGAGAUUCACGUGGAGGUUCUGGACCAAGUCGAGUUUGUUUGGAACGGCACCCUCCUAGACUUGCACGGUCCAUGCGACUGCGGCGAUGUGCCGCCAGAGGAGCGUUCAAACCGUUUGCAAACACCCGCAGAUACAGUGACGCUGGCCCGAGACUUUGUGCUCGUGUGCUCCUUAACCAAGUCGGAACUCCAGAUGCCUGCCGACGCCACCAUUAGCAUUCGCAUGACGUUUCCAGGAUACAACGAAACAGUGGUGCUGCAGGGAAGUCAGUUGCCACUGGGGGAAGCCCGGUACUUCGAGCCGCCGAUGAACGUCUACUUGAAACAACGCACCAUCACGGUCACGUCAAGUGUCAACGUGACGCUUGAGUUUGGCAUGGGCGAGCGGUGUGCCACAUACUCGAGAUUUUGCUUUUACGAUGUCAUCCACGGCCCCUACUCCACGCCCCCUGAUGUGACAAUCGAACUCAACGACGUGACCGUGCGGACAACGGCCUUUGAGUUUGCCAACUUUGAUAUCGUCCGUGAAGUGGAGCCUGGCACCAUCAUCGACUUUAGUUUCCCCCAGAAUGGCGAUCCCUUUCUACUCGAGAUCCGGACCACCCCACGCCUGGCAGGUUUGUUCGAGGAUCCCUUUCAACCACUCAUGGGCACGACGAGACGAACUGACUUGACUGUGUUUCGUUUCGCGUUCACGAUCCCAGGGUCCUAUGCUGUCAUGCUCCGGCCCUUUCCAAGCACGCGAAGGCAGUUUGCGCUGAUUACGGUGAAGCCACCAGCGUGUGAACCAAUUCCAGGAACAGCACUGCUACAGUACGAAGCAACGGACAACGCGGCGGCUUUCCUGGAGCCAGAGCCAGUGGUUCUAAUGGAAGUGUGGACUACCACCGACACUUCCACGCUCGUUGCCCCACAGUCACUGGCCAUCACCGUCCCUGAAGACCACUACUUCAGCGUCUUUCGUCACCAAGUCAACACCCCAAUUGUGACAUUGCUCGACUACAAUGGAACCGAAAUCUUGACCACGGCUGGCGUCAUGUAUAUGCAUUUGACCUCUGCUCCCAUCACCACGGCGCCGUUUGUUGGUGAUGGCAGCAAGGUGAGGAUCAUGUUCAAGGCCGAGUAUCUCUGGGACGUGUCCACAAUCAGUCCGUACGUCAUCUGGGGUGUCGCCACCCCUUCAAAGCAGCGAGUUGAUGACGAACCUGACACUUGCAGCAGCAACCACAACCACAACCACAACCACAACCACAACCACAACCACAACCACAACCACAACCACGACAAUAACGACCACAACCACGACCACAACUACGAUCACGACCACAACGACCACAACCACGCUUCCGCCAACAACCACGACCACAACAUCAACUACAUCACAGACGACAACAAAUGCGAAUCAGCUGUGUACUUUGUUCAUGUUCUCGCCACCGCUGCUAUCAAAUGA